GCUAUGAAUCAUUGGCACUGAACCUCCAGCUGAUGGUUGGAGAUACCACUUUGAUCAUCUGGAGGGAUCUAAAGGAUGUUCUGGCUUCACAAGAUAAUCGUGCUAUACCAUAUGUAGAACAAACUGUAGGCAAAUGUGUUCUUUAGUCUGUUUCUUGUACUGUGCUAAUUUUCUGCAGGUACUGGUGCUGAGAGUGAGAAGAGAUGUGUCAGCAAGAACUCCCAAGCAUAAGCUCAUAGCAUUUCUGUGGCACUCUAUGAUUCUAUGAUUCUCAGUGGAAGCUAAGGAGAAAAGGAAACAUUUGCUGAGGAAAUGUUAUCCGUCUUCAAACCUACUUCUGGGAAACUCACUGUAAGGACACACAGAACAUAUAGCUGUGAUUUUUUUCCCGAAGCCAAGUGCUUGCUGCAUCAUGUCCAUUCCCACUGCUGUCAAUCAUUACCCAGCCGGCACAUUAUGCAGAAGGUGGAGCUGUAAGGCAGAAGGAAUAGAAGGAAGCGACACUGGGAUUGGACACGCACUGGCCAAAUACCUGGAUAACUUGGGGUUCAUUGUGUUUGCUGGGGUCUUGAAUAAGGAUGGCCCUGGAGCUGAGGAGCUGAGGCGGACCUGUUCCCAGAGACUCUCUCUCCUGCAGCUGGACAUAACCAAUCCCACCCAGGUCAAGGAAGCCUACCUGCAAGUCUCAGAGAAGGUGCAAAAUACAGGGCUCUGGGGAGUUGUGAACAAUGCAGGCAUUCUGGGCUUCCUUGCUGAUGGUGAGCUGCUGCCCAUGAGCACAUACAGGCAGUGCAUGGAGGUGAACUUCUUUGGGGCUGUGGAGGUGUCCAAGACCUUCCUGCCACUACUUCGGAAAUCCCAGGGGAGGCUGGUUAACAUGUCCAGCAUGACAGGAGGCAUUCCGCUACCGAGGUAUGCUGCAUAUGGAGCAUCAAAGGCAGCUCUGUCCAUGUUUUCUGGAGUAAUGAGGCAGGAGCUUUCCAAAUGGGGAAUCAAAGUUGCUGCAAUUCAUCCAUCAGGCUUCAGAACAGGUAUCCAGGGCACACCCGAGCUGUGGGUAAAGCAGGAGAAGGAGCUGUUGGAGCACCUGUCGGUGGAUGUGCUGCAGGACUAUGGCAAGCACUACCUCCUGGGGCUGAAAAGCUACCUGCUGCGCAUCCCCACAUACUGUGAGGACAACCUCUCCCCGGUGCUGAGCUCCAUCCUGCACGCGCUGCUCGCCAAGCGACCGCACGGCUUGUACACCCCUGGCAAAGGGGCUUACCUGCUGCUCUGCAUCUUCUGCUACUUCCCACUCUGGUUCUAUGACUUCUUAAUUAGUAAGUCGCUGGGUCUUGAGUCCAUCCCGCAGGCACUGAGGACAUCAGAAGCUGAGGGCAAGGACCUGUAAGGUAUCCAUUGGCAUUUAUCGGAUUUGAGAUCACUGUGGAAAGAACUCUGUUUUGGGACGCUGCUGAUUAUUGUACUGCCUUUGCCAUAUUGAAUUUGUGUUGCCUUGUGAGUGGAGUGAAAUCUUUGUGUUAAGAGCAGUGUUCAGGAAAAGUGGUAACAGAACAGAAAUAGCAGACUCCACAGAUGUGGUCUUUCUGGAGUAACUGUAAUGGUUCCCUCUUUGUCUUUGGUGUAAGUUAUCUCAUGAAGUUAUAUAGCCUGUCUGUUUCAAAAAGCACUGCCAACGCAUGGACAGCUAUCUAACCUGUUUUUUAAUAAAUCUUUUAGUUCACGACCUUUCUAAACAUUAGAAGAAGCUGCAUAUUCCCAUCACUAGAAAGACUUAUAAAUGUUUAAUGCACAUCCUUUUCACUGCAGCUUCAGUAUUCCUUUCUCUUUAGUUCUCUCGCUGUUGGACCUGAGAAAUGAUUGACUUUUUUUCCCCCAAGUUCUGUGAAGUAUUGUUCUGAUGUUUAUGAUGUAUCCUCUCAGGACUGAGCAACAUAAAUAGUAUGGGGGGUGAGAGGAAAGAACAAAGACGGGUGAAGAUCUUCACCAAUAAGCCAACCAUCUCUUUCCUACAGUCUAUUAAUAAAAACAGUGAAAUUGGCUGCUAAUUUCAUGUCGCUGUCUUGGUUGCUCUAUUUUGCCUGUAUAUGCUUGUGCUGCUUUAUCUGUAAUCAUUAGUAAACUAAUUUCACACCUUCUCUCUAGACAGUACUUUAUUUGGUUUUGUGGUUAACAAAGAAUUGAUGAUUUUGUUCAUCUUUUUUUUCCCCCCUGAACACUUGCCUGUUCUUCCUGUGUUUUCUUAAAGGUUGCACUUGUUGUCCUAUGAGUCUUGUACUCUUGGUCACUCCUCCCCUGCCUCCAUUUGUGGUGCCAGGUGCCUCCCUGCCCCUCCUCUGUGUUCCACAGAACCCCCGCUAACACCUGAAGUGGAGCUGUACUCCUAUUUUUCCUACCUUGUCCCCUUUUUAGCACCACUUGGCUUUGUAAGGCUGUGAUGUUCUGGAACAAGCCCCAUCCCCUAAGUUCCCUGAUCUUGCCAUCUGUGUCUUGCUUAACUUCCUUUCACAUGAUGGAAAUGGAAUGCUGUUAUGUUCUGGGCUUUCACUAUAGGUGCAUUUUUCCUAUCCUGACAUUCUCAUCUUCUGUCAUAAUCCUACUUGCAUUACAUAGUCCUGAUCAAAAUUCAAUUAAAUUUGUGUCUGUAAUACUUCUGUCGUGUACCUUGUACAGAAAUACCAGACUCUAUGUGCUCAGAGGAUGCUCUGCAAACGUGGCUCGCUAUUUCAAUUUGUGUCAUGGUUUGGAAAUCCUCCUUUCCUGUACAUCCUGUUGUUAUUAUUGCUUUUUUUCUAUGGUGGCUUACCUCCUUGUGGGUUUAUAUCAGUCCCACUUGUAAACUUUUUUUUAUGCCCUCCUUUCAGGAAAAUACAAUUACAAAUGUUCCUCUCUCUCAGGAAGUCUGUGACUGUUUCAGUCUCUCUACCAAUUUCUACCUUUUAUUUGUGUCACAAAACUUUUUAACCUGAUGCUAAAAAUGUAUAAUAAAAUGGAUUGUUCUGACUUUUUGGUUCUGUUUUGACCUUGUACGCUACUGGCAACCAGCACUACAACCAGCGAGGCUGAAUCCUGGCUGCUUUCAGAGUGAGGGAACUGCCCGACACCCUGUCUUGUCUUGAUCCUGGAUGGAGGUGGUUGUUUUCCACUUUGCAUCCAGUUGAGCUGUAACUUGGAUUGGCUGGAGUUUAGCCCUUAGGUGCUCACAAACAUUAUACAACCCCAGUUCCCCUUGGCAGCCUGUUCACUGUUUUAUGUGGCAAUCUUCAUAAUAAUCCUUAAUCACUGCUGUGUUACUUGGCAGUGGUUAUAAAAUGUAAAUUUUUCUCUCCUUCACUUCCUUAAUAGGAGUAUUACCUUGUGUGUUGCAGACCUAUUAAACUAGGCAUUCACGUGGAAGAUUUGAUUGUUAUUUUUAAAUUAUUUUAACUUCUAUUUGUCGGGAAACUAUAUUCUAAAUAGCAAUUUUACACCUCUUCACCUAAUGACGAAGACGAUUUAGUGAGUCCCAAACGAUUGGGGUAUCAAAGAUUGUUUGUGUUUCAUUCCUAUAGGGAUCUUACUUUGUCUUUUACAGAUAAUUUUAUUGUAACAUAUUAUUGAAUUAUUCAUCAUUUAACAGGUUGCAACGUUAAAGGUGAUUUUUUUUUGUUGUUGUUGUUGUUAAUGGCUUAACUUCAGAAUAAUCCAAGCUGAAAAUGGCUGAUGGCUGUGAGAACAGGAGAAUAAAUUAUG